AUGAAUCAAAAUCUCGAAAAUGCCAUCGAUUUAGAGAACGAUGAACUCAUUGUUGAAAACUGUAUUUCUAUCUUUUUUACUUAGACAAUAAUGAUGAUUAGGAUGACUAAUUAGUUUCAUAAUUGCAAGAGAUUCUAAUAUCGGAUGAUUUUGAAAAAUUAUCUUAAGAUUUCUUACGUGAGAAAUGUUUAGUUUUUGAUGAAACAGAAUAAAAGGAAUACAGAGAUAUUUUUAAAUUAUACUAAAGUGCCAUUUAGUUAUAUUUGAAUGAAGUAUUAUAAUGAUCAAGCCAAUUUAGAAACUUAAAGUUGAACUAACUCUUGGAAAAUUAUAAUCUCUUCCCUUAGAUGAGGCUAUAAAUGAAACUUUAGCUUCAUUAUUUGAUUAUGAUUUAUUUAAAGACAUUAUGGUAGAAACCAGAAUUAGAGUUGAAGAGGAAGAAAGGACAAUUAAAAAAAGUACCAACAAAGCUACCAAAGGCUAUAAAUAAGCACCUUAAUAAAAUAUCUUUAGUACAGGAUAAGCAAUAUAAUAAUUUGAAAAGAAACCAUUAAAAAAUGUAGCAUCUAUUUAAAUGUUAUAGUAACCACCCUAAGACUUGAGAGCAGACUUAUUUUUCAAUAUAGUACCUUUAAACACUCCAAAAAUUAAUAGAAAAUAAGCUUGAG